UUCCCUUCCCGACUUCACAUUUCCUCCACUUAAUCGACUCAUCGUUGCAUGGGAAAGGAGUUAGUGAAAGCCCUCGACUUAUUCAAAGCAAUAACCGUUUUUGCCAAAUGUUCGACAAAAUGACUUGGAUGGCUCUAGCUGAUUUGCAAUAGCAAGAAACUUCUCUGCAAAUACUCUUCAUACUCACAGUGCGAACGAAGUAGAAACGAAAAAAGAAGAACGAAGGCUCAAAAUUUUGAAGUCUAAAAAUGGAGAAUAAAAAAUCAGUGAAGAAAACCUUCAUUUGUCUCUCUCUGUACAUUCUAUUCCUCCACGCGGUCGCCAUUUAUUUCUUUGCAAGGGGUUUUUUGUUGACUCGUACGGAGCUCUCUGCUUUCAGUCAUUGCUCAGACAUUGAAAAGUCACCUUGCUUACGCAGAGUUUCUCAACAAAAUUGUAGUAAUAAGUUUUUUGAUGAAGAUCAGAAGAGUAAAAGGGAAUCGAAUGAGUCAAAAAGUUGUAGAGUUGAAAAGGCGUGUUGGACAAAUCCUGCUGUGGAUAAAGUUGUCCUUAUUGUUCUAGACGCAUUAAGGUUCGACUUUGUUGCACCCAGCAGUUUUUUCAAAGAGGUCAAGCCAUGGAUGGACAAAUUGCAAGUGCUUCAGAAGCUAGCUUUAGAAGAAGGGUCGUCUGCAAAGAUUUUCAAGGCCAUUGCUGAUCCUCCAACUACUAGUCUACAACGCUUGAAGGGAUUAACAACUGGCGGACUGCCAACUUUUAUUGAUGUCGGAAAUAGCUUUGGAGCUCCAGCCAUCACUGAAGAUAAUUUGAUACAUCAGCUAAUUAAGAAUGGAAGACGUGUGAUUAUGAUGGGUGAUGAUACAUGGUUACAAGUAUUUCCAAACCACUUUCACAAAGCUUAUCCGUAUCCAUCAUUUAAUGUUAAGGACCUUCAUACUGUGGACAAUGGUGUCAUUGAACAUAUGUUUCCAACAUUAUAUCAGUUUGACUGGGAUAUUCUUAUUGCACAUUUCCUUGGUGUGGACCAUGCAGGCCACAUAUUUGGGGUGGAAUCUCAACCAAUGAUUGAAAAGUUGGAGCAAUAUGAUGAUGUUCUAGAGAAAGUUGUAUCAAUUCUGAAGAAUCAUUCAGAACCUGGAGGUUUGCAUGAAAACACAAUGCUCAUAGUGAUGGGAGACCAUGGGCAGACCUUGAAUGGAGAUCAUGGAGGAGGAACAAAUGAAGAGGUAGAAACAUCAAUUUUUGCAAUGAGCAUGUCCACUCAUGCAGGAUCAAUUCUGUCAAAUUUGGACACUUCAGAUUGCAGGAUAGCUUUUGAUGGAAGAAAUGACAUUUGUAUUGGAUCCAUACCCCAGCUUGACUUUGCAGUGACAAUGGCAGCAUUAAUUGGUGUGCCUUUUCCUUUCGGAAGUGUUGGACGUGUGAACCCAGAGCUUUAUGGUUUAGUUGCAGGAACAUGGUCUGAACCGAAUGAUGUUGUUGAUGAUAACUCUAGCACCUGUUUGAAGCUGCAAAGAUGGAUGGAACACUAUACAGAUGUUAUGUGUAUUAAUAGUUGGCAGGUCAAACGGUACAUUGAUGCAUAUUCUGCAUCUUCUAUUAUUGGGUUUUCCCCAGAAGAUCUGACAAUAUUGGAAGAUAUCUAUAAUCGGUCACAAGCAACAUUUUUAAAUUUUGAAGAGCAACAAUCAUCAUCAAAAGAUGAGUUUGAUAAUGGGAAUUGUAAAUUGAAAAUGUCCGGGUAUCAAAAACAGAUUGAUGCUUACUCUGAAUACUUGGAAGUGACUGCUCAGCUUGCUCGGGCCAAAUGGACGCAGUUUGGUAUCAAAGCAAUGAUAAUUGGGUUCCUCCUUUUGCUACUUUCAUUUAUCGUGCAUUUAACUGCAGCAUUGAGACUUGGAAAGAUAAUUAUGGUUUGUUCAAAAAAGGAAUGUACAAAUUUGGAGGCAUGCUUUCCUUGGAGACAAUUGCUUGUAACUGGAUUGUGUUCAACCUUUCUUGGAAUUUUCUGCUUCCCAAUUGCCUAUUCCAUUCUAGAAGGCAUGGCUUUUCCUCAGUCAGUUGCUGCUCUGAAAGAGCAUAUUUUACUAUUAGUCCUUGGAACAUUUGCUAUGGGUUCAGCAAUUGGCUAUAUGGUACAAUUUAAGGCUGGUUUAUACAGACAUUGGAAGGCAUGCUCCUCCAUAUGUUGGAUCAUGCUGUUUUCCUUGGAAAACUAUAAGGGGAUUUCUCUGAGACAUAUGACAGCUGUGUCUAUUGUCAUUAUGCGUGCGAUUAGUUUUCUUUCAAACAGCUUUAUUCUUGAGGAGGGAAGGGUGGCAAACUUUCUUCUGGCUUCAAUAGGAUUGUUAAGUCUUCAUUCUUCCAUUCAGAAUGAAUCCAUGGUUCCAGAGGCAUUUCUCUUUCUGAUAUUAAACACUAUUCUGGGUAUAAUUGGGAAAAAUGGGGCAUCGAAGGAAGCCUUGAUGCAACCUGCAUCAGAUAAUUAUUCUUUCACGUCGUCUGAUAGUGUAGCAAAGCUGUUUGUAAUAAUUGCUUUUGCAGCAGUAAUAGUAACCUUACCAGUUUCAAGGUGGCUUCGACAUAAGCAUUUCUUGCUGGAUCAAUAUUAUUUGUUUGCCUUAUACAUUGGUGGCUUUAUAAGUUGCCUUUUGAUAUUGUUACAUUGGAUUUUGGGAGAUAUAGCCUUGAUUCAUUUUGUCAAUAUGCCUACCUUUGUGAAAGAUACUGCAAGACUCAUGUUUCCACGCAUAGUGUAUAUUCUUACUAUUGGGCUCACGAUACUGCUGUUCUCUAUACAAAAAUCAAACUUGAAGGAGCCUACUUGUUACAAACAGAAUACAACUGUGGCUGUUUUAGCCAUGUUAUCAGUAUGGAGUUAUACUAUUUUGCUGUUGCUUGGGAAGCAGGGCCUACUUAUAACAUUGCUUGCUGUUUUACAGGGUUGGUGCAUCUUGAAGUUGCAGAAUUCCUUGUCAAAGAAGAAAGAAUCAGAUGGGACUAAGAAUGACCUGACAUCAGAUCCCCUGCCAAUUAUCCAAUGGAACCUCUUUGCUGUGCAGUUGUUUUUCUGCACAGGUCACAGGUGUACUUUUGAUGGCCUCCGUUAUGGUGCUGCCUUUAUUGGGUUUGACAACUUCAACAUUAUUCGACAAGGCAUUCUUCUUGCACUUGAUACAUUUGGAGUUUCUCAUAUAUUGCCGAUAUUUGGGCUUCCGUUGCUUGUCACAACUAAACAUUCACGUGUUCAUGAUGAUAAACGUCAAGAAAUCUUCCUCUUACACGUAAUCCAGGUUUUCUUGACUUAUGGGCUUAUUUCUGUAAUCAUGGUAAUUUUCUCAACAAUUUGUGUGACAAUACAGCGGCGCCAUUUGAUGGUGUGGGGCUUAUUUGCUCCAAAAUAUGUAUUUGACAUUGUGGGUCUCCUCCUUACAGAUACCUUAGUUGUUUUGGCUGUUAUUUAUUAUACAUGAGCUGCUGGAAAGAACCAAUCAGUGUGUGUAAGGAGGAAAAUUGGUUAUGAUGGCUUCUGUAAAAAAUACAUUUUCUAGAGUCCAUUCUCAAAGAUUGACAUCUUCUUUUAUGUGUUUGUUAUUCCCAAUGACUAAUACUUAUAUGGAAGACUAAGGAUCCAGUGGAGCAUAGAAAUUUCCGUUAGGUGUAUGUUUUUUUGGGUUCAAAGCGACAUGUCAGUGAUUUUGUACUUUGGUUCAGUCUUUUACAAAUAGUGCAGAGAAACAUUGGCAUUGGAAGGCCAGUAAUAUUUUCUUACUACAAAUACAUCAUCGACACAAUUCAAACAUUAAUUUCCGGCGAAGAUCCAUUUAUUGUCACAGUUUUGCUCUAUAUUCUGAAUAAUCUGACAAAGUAGUGCAUCCCUUUCCAAUAAAGAGAAUAUCAAGCAGAUAUCCUUCUCUGUGAGGAUAUAUUGUUACUUACGCAGCA